ACAAAGAAGUAUUGUGUCUCAGAAAGCAGAAUACUUUUCUCUUUUUUCAAAAAUUAAGUUGAUCAUUUCAUAAUGACACAUGAAAAUACUCGAUACGGGCCAGUCUAGAAUUUUGAAAUUCACUCUCCGUCUUCGCCGUCAUUCAUGUGUUACGAGUAGCGUAUCUUAUAUGGCACUUCAUUUCGCGAUUCUGUGUUUUCAUUAACCUAAUACUUGGAGUUCUUCGCAUUUUUUAUUGUGAUAUUUUUGUUGAUCUAUUUUAUCGGCAUUGAAAAAUUGUUAAAUUACCUAUACCUAUUAAUCUACAUUACUGUUCAUCAUGUUUCUUGCGUCCGUGAUCGUAUUUCUUAAUAUUGUCAUGAUUCAAUUGCCACUGAUGCCAACAGCUGAAGGCGUAUUCAUCAACAAACGAUUUCCUAUGACAGAUAUUCUUUAUAGGCCACAAAGAAGCACAGGAACGGAUGUUUCAAUGUGUCCUGAAUGCGAUUGUAGAACAUUUACUCGAAAAAAGAGGGUUGUUGGAGGAAUAGAAGCAGAACAAAACAAAUUUCCUUGGAUGGCAGCCUUGAAAUUGACUUAUGGCGACACGAGUACAUUUUGCGGAGCUACAGUUAUCACUAAGCAGCACUUAUUAACUGCUGCACACUGCGUGGAGGGGGUCACUGCAGAUGAAAUUCAAGCAUCUUUGGGUGGAUUUAAUCAACUAACACACGAGUACGACAUAAACGAAAUAACAGUAGGUAUCGAAGAAAUAAUUCGACACCCGGGAUUUAACUUGUCAUCUUUAGAUAACGACAUCGCAAUUUUGAAAUUAGACAGCACGAUAUCAUUCAAUACCUCUCAAAUUCAACCAGCAUGCCUACCAAGUACUGAAAAUGAAGAUUACGCUGGUUAUUAUGGCACCGUUAUUGGAUGGGGUUUCACUGACGAGUCACAGUCCGUAUCUAACAAGAUGCAGAAAGUAGAAGUUCCUAUCAUUUGGACUAACCAUUGUAGGAUUAAUUAUAGUAUCUUGUCGUAUUCAGUAACUGAUAACAUGAUGUGCGCUGGAAACUAUUUUGGUCACCAAGGAAUCUGUACGGGUGACAGUGGCGGACCUUUACAAAUCAAUAUUGAUGGACUUGGAACCAUGAAAGUUGUUGGGAUCGUUUCUUGGAGUCAUGGCUGUGCUCGUCCAUAUUACCCGGGCGUCUACACUCGAAUUGAUAGAUAUAAGCGUUGGAUACGUGAUAACACAGGAGGAGAAUGUUUAUGUGAAAUUUGAAGAUCAUUCUUAAAAAAUGGUCAUGUAUUUUGUUCCCAUGCAGAUGCAGUGUUCCUUAUACGUAUAAGAUCGAGUACCUACGUAUCGUAUUAUUAAAAUAACGAAAUUAAAUACAAUUGAAAAUAUGUAGGUAGAUAACACGUGCUUUUAUUUCCUGUGUAAGUGAAUAAAUAUGGCACCGGGAGUGUCAAAAAUAUCUCGACCAUUUCAAUUUUUAUGGGCAAAACAUUUUGCAAACACUUCACAACUAUUUUCAGAGAAAGAAGCGAGUGGUCAAUUUUUUACACCCAAAUUUUUCACUUUUCCAGUGUUAUGGAUUUUUUGGUUUUUCCAUAUUUUUUCGUAAAGGGUGCGAUGACAGUUGACAAUAUUUUUACCUGGUUAAUUUUUAAUUUUUCAAAUUUUUCAACUUGUUUCGAACGUUUGUAAUGAAAUUACUUUUUCCACGUAAUUGUUCUAAAAAGUGCAAAUGCAUUGUUAAUAGGUACAGUAAUUACUGUCGUGCAAAUAUAAUUAUAUUUAUC